AUGGCAAAUGGUGGCUGCAAACCAGAUGGGUCUCUGAAUCAAUCAAAGUUCGAUGAACCCAUGCCAUGGAUCGGCAUCUACGUAGCAACUGCAUCUUUAACCUGUGCCACAGCCAUCGCCAUAGAUACUCUACAUGCCUUCAAGUACAAAAGAUUCUGGUUCCCUUGCAAAUUCUUUUCCCUUAACGCCACAACCCUAACUCUGAUAACCAUAGCCAUCAAAUUCUCCAUGGAUCUAAAUUCCACCAUGCCUCACCGUCAAGAUCAGCUAGCAAAAGUAAGCAGCUCUGCUUUCAUAUGUACGGUAAUGGCUGACUUGUUGCCUUCUUUAGGAACCAUGAAAAAUACUGAAUUGUUCAUCAGUAUUAUAGCUUUGGUGAUUCUUGUUAUCACUGUCAUCUCCAACAUCUGCAUACAAAUGGGUACUGGGGUUAUCUUUGUUUUCUGGAUAGAACAUGCUAUCAUUCUAUUCAUCAUGCUUAUUUUACUUGCAAUUGUGUGUUCUUUGUCUUUGGCUGUUCCAACCACAAAGUCUUACUUGGAUAUAAAAUAUACCCAGAAACUGAAAUUGACAAACAUCGAAUGCUUCAGAAAGAAAAGUUCAUCGAUAACCGAAGGAAUUAGGGAAGAUUUAAGAAAAUAUUGGAUCUUGGCGUAUUCUUCGAGUCCUCAAUUUGUGAUCGGACGGUCAGCACCAUGCACAGCCUCAGGUGCAUUUUGUCUUCUAAAUAGUCUGAUCUUAGUAGAGGCAGUACUCAGAUCCUACUUGAUGCCAUGGUCUCUUAAGUUCUGCAAUGGAGAAUCUGAUUAUAAGUGGUCAACUACAACGGUGCUCAUAAGUCAAAGCAUAGCAGUGGGGAUAGGUACAAUAGCACCUGCAGUUAGAUGGUUCAUGGCUAUCAAUUUCAGCUCUUCAAACAAAGCAAAACAGGCUUGUAAUAGAGAGUUGGGUGUGGAGAUUUACUGGAUAAAGAAGCUACUUGAGUGGCAAUUGCAGCCAUUGGACUUCAAAAUCAGUGGCCACCAUGGCAGAAAGUUGGUUCUUAGAGCAAAGUAUCGUACUCUUAGAUUCUUUAUUGGAUUGCAGAGAGGGAUUGUUUUUUCAUGUCAAAUUAUUAGGCUCGUUUCCAUCUUCUUUGUAGGUAGGUUCUUGGAUUUAAAGAGGUUUAUUAGAUGCAAAAACAGUAUUUCCAGCAACGACACAGAGUUGGGAUUGAAUCUAAGUCGUUAUGUCAUUCAUCUUGGUGGAGAAGAACAUCUGGUGGACCUGAUCAUGAAAAACAACCCUGACGCCACUGAUCACUGGAUCAAACUCGGUGAAACCCAGAAGCCACAGAAUCUCAUAAAACUUCUUGAGAAAGUUGAUUCUUCAUCGGCAUUUACAGGAGUUGGAGAGUUUGAUAAUGACAGUGUUCCAUCGCUAGGUUUUGCAGAACCUCCCAACUGUUGGGGGCUCCCAGUUGUGACGUUAACAAGCAUCGCACUUGCGCUUCCCUCCAUCGAUCAAGAAUUAAUCAAGCAGCUGGUUAGCAGUGUACACGAAGGCUUAAAGUACGUCAGAGAGAUUGAAAACAAUCUGGAUGAGAAGAUAAACUUGAAAAAUGUAAGAAUGGCAGAAGAAAUAGUUUGGUCAGGAGUCGAACUGGAUCGCAAAUGGUUAGAUGUUGAUCUUUGCAAGAUACGACUUAAAGGAAACGGGAUUAAAGAAACCAUCAAAUCCCUUUCUGAUAUUUCAAAGAAAAGAUUCAUGGAGUACGGGGAGAUACAUUUGAUGCAUUCAAAUGAGUGGUUUCAAAAUGAGGAGCCAUCUCGAUGGUGUAUCAGAUUACUGGCUGCAAAUUCUAUGUACAGAAUAUGUGAAACCAUUCUGUUGUCACCCGAACUCGAAUCCCACGAAAGCAGCCAGAGAUUAUUUGAAAAGUUAUCGCUCAUGAUUUGUAAAAUAUAUUCGGCUUCUUUCACUAACCUUCAACACGUAAUUUCCAAAGAAUGCCGCGAGAGUGGGAUCGAGGAAAGAGAGCUGAAUAUCCGGCAUGCGCUUCUUCUCUUUGGGGAAACACAAGAGAUUCUAAGAAUUCUCGACAUGAAAAAGAUUCAAGAUUUAAAUCCGGGACAGUUGGUACACAUCGAUGAAUGGCAUCUAUUGUGCAACCGCAAGCAGACAGAUUCACUAAGCUACGUUUCUUCUUCGACCAAUAAGGAAUCAACCAUCUUUAGCCCGUCUAGUCUCCAUAUAUCUAUAGAGUAA